AUGGAAGAAGUCAACACCAGCGGAAACAAGGAAAAAAAUGCUAAAUGUGACGAGGAAGAAAGGGGGAGGUCCCCCUUUUUGAGGCCCGCCUACUUUGUCCACAAUAGAGAAAAGGCUUUAAAAGAAUUUAUCAGGAAAAAAAAUGAGAACAUGACAAAAAAGGGCAUCUUAAAGGAUAACAUUUCUUGCAAUUAUUUCCAGAUCACUCCAGACAUCGUUACCUUCACUUCUUAUGCCCCCUUCAAGAAAUACGAAAGGGUGGUAACGUUAAAAAAUAUCGACGCCAACGCGAGGAACCUCAAGUUCGAGUUACGAGAAAAUGAUGUCUUCAAAGUGAAGUACAUUUCGGAUGUCAAAAAGAAGGUUGCCCCCGGCAUGCUAUUUACCUUCAAGGUGGAAUUUUACCCGCAGUCGUGUGAAAACUACGAAUAUGACCUGGAGAUUCAGACAGAGGUACACAAGGCGUGUACAGCAGAACUGGGCUGCAUCAUUUUUGCCAGUAAAAAGGAAGGCACCUCCAUAGGUAAAUCCUUUAGAUUGCCUAUCCGAUGCAUGAACGAUGAAAUAAUUUUGGAUGUGCAAGACGAGAUAAAGAUGAAUGAAACUCCGAUUUAUAUGAAAAGCGAAAAAAGCAUAACGAUAAAAAAUAUUGGGAAAUAUGAAAAUAAAUUUCAAAUCAGCUUAACACCUCCCUUUUAUGUUAAUUCUUCUAUCCAUGUGCUGAAGGAGGGGGAGAUGAUAGAAACGAAGAUCACGUUCCUCCCUGUCCAGAAAAGAACUUACGAGGACUACAUGAUAAUAAAUUACGAAAAUGGAAUAAGGACCCACACCAAAAUACGAGGAGAAGGAAUUGUGGCCGAGGUUUUAAUAAAAGAUAAGGAUCUCACUGCUGACGACGUGUACAUUAACAAACCGAAAGAAAUAAAUAUCGCCAUUAAAAAUUUAUCCUUCUUUUUGCUAACAUAUAAUAUAACAAAGUAUCAUGUGUACGAGUGUAAAUAUGAUGACCCUUCAUCGGAUAUAAAAGAUGUGACAUUCGACGAGGGGGAUAAAAUAAUCCAAAAGACGUUCAUUCGGGACAGCGAAUUGUUGGACGAGAAUAUUGUAGAAAAUGCCCUAUACAAAAAUGAGGAAUCCUUCCAGGGGGAUGGCGGAAGCGGAAUCACGAGUAUCGAUAACAGCAGUGAUGAUAUAAACAGUGUCCAUAGCAGCGGUGAUGACGACAGUUGGGGAACAAGCCCCACUGGAGAUGACCUAUCCGACGGGGAACCCCCAAAGGAGCGCAAACUACACGACGAAAAUAAUGACACAUUUGAUUGGGAACCUUCUGAUAGGUCACUCCUAUCACAUUAUGAUGAGCCAAAAAAGGGUAAAAGAAAAAAAAAAUUAAUCAUAGACAUAUCCCCGAAAUGCAAGAAACUGUACAGCGACACAAACACCACCAUCACUGUUGCACUAUGUCCCCAGUUUGCCUCAUUUUACAAAAUAGUAAUAUUCUUAUUUAUAAGAGGAUACAAGAAGGAAGAAAAAAUAGUAGUGUACUUCAAAAGUAUAGCACCCGAAAUUGUCAUAAAAAAGGGGAUCCACAAAAUUGAUAACAUUCUUAUUAACACAUGCAAAAGGCUAUCCUUCGAACUGGUGAACAACACUCCCUUUGAUGUUCCCAUGAAGGUAGAAAAAGUAGAGGAUAAUUAUAACGAAUUUGAAGUUGCAAGAAGAAAGUUUGUUUUACUGAAAAAUUCUACGCACUCCCUCGAAAUGGUAUACAUGCCAAAGGCGAAUGGUGCAUCAGAGAAGACAUUCAUAAUUCAUCAGAAGUAUACAAAUGUGAAAAGAAAAUUACAGGUAGUGAGUACGUGCAAUUUUCCGCAAGUCCUAUUAGACGUAGAAGAAAUAACCUUUAAUCAAGUGUCACACAGCUUUGAGUACAAAAAAACAAUUACCAUUGUUAACAAAUCAGAGUUGACUCUUCAUUACGGAUUUAAUAUUCCUAACGAAUUGAAAGAUGAAGUAAAAAUUGAAAAAAAUUAUAACAAAUUAGACAAAUUUGGGGAAGAAAAAAUCGUCUUAUCAUUUUGCCCUAAGCAAAUAAAAGCAUACAUGACGUUUUUAGAACUUUAUCUAAGUGAACUUAAAACUUAUAAAAAGAGCCUACCUUUUCGUGCCAUCUGUUCCAAGCCGAAGGUCUUGUGUGAACCCGUUUUUCUGAAUAUAGAACCUAUGAUUAUAGAUAAAAUGUACAGCGAACAAAUUAACCUGAUUAACAAGUCGGAAGACACGGAUGUGAAAUAUGAAUUAUUUGUGGACGAAGAGAUCUCCAACAUAUGCGAUUUGCACAUUUCUCACCAAGAUGGAGUGAUCAGAAGAAACCAUGUCCAAAGUGUCAACAUUAGUAUAACGAGCAAAAUUAUAGGGUACAUCCUCAUCGUGGUUAAGGUUAAAAUAUCUGGAUGUGAAGAUCUUCUCUUUUUUAAUAUUAAGGCUUACUGCACUUGUCCCACCGUAAAAAUUAUUCCUAGUAUAAUUGACUUUGAAAAAUGCAACUGUUUAGAUGUAAAGGAAAAAGUCAUAGAAAUAAAAAAUGAAAGUCCGAUUAAUACCUUUAUCAGCUUGUCCAACGAGCUACCUGUCUUCAGCUUUUCGAAAAAUAACUUCUAUAUAGAACCACACGAAUCCGUUUUUGUUCCUGUCUGUGCUGAGUGCUUAGACACAGCGGCGUACACGGAUACGCUCCGGGUGAACGUUCAUCGGAAGGAGGAUAUUUUGGUUCCCCUGAAGGCACAGGGAGUCGGAUCGCCCAUCCUGGUUAACCAAAGUGGCAUAAACUUUGAAGUCACUCAUACGAGCAAAAAAUACAUCCGCGAACUGAUCAUCUCCAACAGAGGGACAAGCGAAAGAAGCGUAUACUUUCUCUUCGAAUCCGAAAAGAAAAGAAAGAAAAAAAAUGAAAACCCUGAAAUAUUUGGCGUGACCCCAAGGAACGUGUCCAUAAAAGGGGGCAGCGAAGUGGUGUGUAUUGUAAGCGCGCUCAACUGCAAAGAGGAGAAAUGCGAGGAUAUUCUCUACGUGCAUGAAGAUACAAUCGGUAAGAAGAAAGUGUGUGCUAGUUUUAAAAAAAUAAAAAUAGAAGCUUCGUUUGUUCACCCGGAGAUCGAAAUAUGCAACAUUGCGGAUUUUGUUUAUGACUUUAAUGAGCAAGGGGGAGUGGAAAAAGAUGACGACUUGGAGGACUACCCCACGGAGGAGUGCCAAAACUGUGUAGACGAAAGAGGAGGAUGCAGACCAAAUCAGCGUGUUAUCCAUUCGAAAAACAUGAACAGACUAAUGCACGAAGUCGAAAUGAAGAAUCUGCGAAAUGCAAAUGUAAAGUUCAGCUUGUCCACUAAGUUGCCCUUUUCUGUGGAGCAGGAAGUAAUAGAACUAAGACCAAUGGAAAAGAAAAAAAACCGAAUCUUUUUUGACGUGGAUUUUAUGAAUAACAAAAUUAGUAACACUUAUCAAGAUCAUCUGAUCGUCCACUUUGUAGAAAAUGGAAGAAGACAAAAAUAUGAAUUGCUUGGAAAGACGAUAUAUCCCAAUAUUGUGAUGAAUAAAAGUUCUGUAGACUUUCAGUACAUUUUAAAAAAUUUAUUUGCCCAAGAAACAGUGGAAAUAAAAAAUGUGUGCAAUUUUAAGGUAUACUUCCAGUGGUUUUUUGAAGAAAAUAAUAUGUAUGAAAACUUUAAUCAAGUUUUUAAUAUAAUUCCCCAUAGAGGUUUUUUACUGCCUUACGAAAAAAAACAAAUAACGCUUACUUAUAACAGUAUAAAUGAAAACUAUUACAAUGUUAAUGUUUUGUGUCAAAUUAAGAAUGGCCCCAUUUAUCCUCUCAAAUUGAUAGGUGGAUAUUCAGACAUUAAAUAUAGCAUAAACAAGAGGGAGCUGAAUUAUGAUAUACACUAUAAAUCCGUAGGGGAAGAUUUGCUAACCAUCCAAAACACAGGGAAAAUUAAACUUUUCGUUGAAAUUGUUUAUAAUGUAAAAUUUCCUUCUCUACUGUAUACAAAUGUGAAUAAUUUUUUUAUUGAACCGCAGAACAGUAAGGACAUUAUUUUUUACUUCAUACCUGGUUUUCCGCAAAAUGUGACGGAGACCAUUUUGCUUAAAAUUUGCAAUUUUGAGGAAAUUAAAGUGACUUUACGUUCCAAAGACAGAUCGAAUGUGUUGCUUCUGACUGUUCAUGAUGUUGCGGAUGGAUGUGUUGAUAAGAAAAAUGGAGAACUAGCGGAGGAAGUGUACCCGCAAGAAUGUGGACCAAACGGGGAAAUAAAAAAUGGGGGGAGGAAAAUAAGCGAAUUUGACCACAUAGACAGCUUGAUAGAAAAAGCCCUUUUACCUGAUAACGAGAAUUCCCAUUAUGAAAAUCAGAGAAAGGGGCUGAUCCAAAGGCUCAAAAGGAGGUACUCGGGGGUAUUCCUUUCCCUCGGUAGGCAUAUCGAAGAAAUAUUGGCCCUUUAUCACGACCGCGUGGGAGGAGCUAGCGCUCAAGGGGCACACACAGAGAGGAAUGACGAACGGAUGGGAAUAAUUGGUGACGAGGAUGGGUUGAACGAAUCGGGUGAAGUUCACGGGGCGAACCAAAUGGACAACUUAUCCGGCGGCUCAAGUAAAAAAAUUGACUCGUCCGAAGGGUCCAAGCGAAAGUACAACCUUAUAGGCAUCUUAAAAAGCUACUGUGCGAAAAACAGCGGUCUUUGUGGUAUCUUUUCCGAUUUGCUGAAAUGUUUCAUUUUGAACCAAAAGGAUGACAAGUACAUUUUGGGGAGCUUUUCAAAGUUGAAGAAGUUAGCCAACUUCGAGAAGCUGUCCUGCCACGGUUAUGUGAGUAAUGAGUACAUCCUAAGAUACCUGAAGCGAGUAAUUUUAGAAAACAACAGCGAGCUGCAACGGGUCUGCAUAAACAUGGGCAAUGUAACGAUUAAGGAAAAGAAGGAGGGAGUAAUUACGCUCAGAAAUUUAAGUAGAGAAAAAGUAAAAUUAAAUUACCAUCUGACCAAUCCAGAAAUGAAGGACAUAAUAACAUUAUCAUGCGAACAUAAGGAAGUAGAUAAGGACAAUUCCAUCGACUUGAAAAUUAUAAUAGAUAAUAAGUGUGCAAGCGAAAAAUUAUUUUCAGAACAAAUGUUCAUAUGCAUGAGUGACAAGAAUUACUAUACGGUGGAUAUAAAAUUUAAUUACAUCAUCCCCGAUCUCCAUCUAUAUUAUAGACAAAUUCAUUUUGAAAAAGUGGAAGUGAAAAAGUGUCUAUGCAAAACGAACCGAUUGAUAAAUACCAAAAAUGUGAAUGUAAAAUUUAAAGUGAAAAAUAUUAUUUUCUACAAUAAAAAGUUAGAAUAUAAUCACUUAAAGAGAAAGGCCCAAAUUUUUAUAAUACCCAGUAAGGGGAUCAUUAAGAGUAACUCCUUUUUGGACAUUCGCAUAUUCUUCGAACCUUCGGAUGUUUAUAAAAACGCCAAAAUAAAUAUCGAGCUGUUUAUUUAUCAUUCGAAUCUUACGAAAACCAUGGACGUUUAUCUGAACAGCGUUAGAGAUCACGUGCAGGCUGACCCGUCUGACAUUAUUGUGAAGCCGCUCCUCCUCAACAGUGGGAACGUCCACCACAAAAUGAAAAUUACCAACUUUAAUAACUAUUCCAAGUAUCUGUUUAUUUACAACUUGGAUAACUACUAUAAGUACUUUCAAAGCUUCCUAUAUGAUCUCCUAUCCAUUUAUUCACAUAUAUACAUUGAAAAGAACGACGAAGUUGAUUUUUUUUAUAGUAAUUUGAUGCACUACUUGGUGGGUGUGUACAGAAGGCAGUUAGAUCGAAUAAGAAAUUGCGACAAAGGGGGGAAUAACCUUCUGAACGGUGACUUAAAUAGUUAUCUCACACAGAGCUGGCAUAGUAGCGAAAACCAGGAGGGAGCAACACACGAAGAGAAGGGUGUCAAACUGGAUGAUGAGAACAAAAUAGGGGAAAGAGACCCAAUACAUGUAAAAGACCAACUCGUAAAGGAUCAACCUGCAAAGGAUCAACCUGUAAAGGACCAAAAAGGAAGUAAACCUGCAGAAUCACAGUGCAAAGAGAAAAAGGGAAAAAACAAAUCAAAGAAGAGAAACGAAAAGGAAGGACAAAAAGAGAAUGACAAAACAGAUGAAAUAACAAACAAGAAGGAAAAACUGAAUGACAUACUAGCCGAUUGUAUACCUCCAAAAAAGGAUGGUCCAGACGGAACAGUAGGUACAGUCCCGAAUGACCAACAAAGGAAUAUCAAAAUUUUAGAAAAUAAAAUUGCCAUUUUGGAGGAACUUAUACAGAAGAACGAAAGGAAGUACAAUUACUUUGAAGAAUAUUUAAAAAUAAUAAAAAUGAAAAAAAAAGUAAAACAAAAUUUCCUGCUCAUUUGUCCAAAAUAUGUGAAUCAUAGGGGGAUUGGAAGGUACGUGGUGAAUAAUACCGUUCUGAAUUUUUCUCCCCUAAGAAGAACAGAAACGGGUAGUAACCCUGAGUGUGAUAACUUCCUAACGAUUGGAGAAAUAGUACGAUGGUGUAACGAGAUUAACGAGAAGGACAACUACCCGUCCAGCGUGAAAAGGAACUUCAUUCAUUACAUCAUCCACGAGAGCAAUAUAAACCGGAAUAGACAUUCUACAAAAAAGCUAAGGACGUCUAACAGAGGAAUGCACGAAAGUUUGGCGAACUCCACGAAUGCAGCAUAUUGGGGGGUUUCUACAAUUUCUGGGCAUACGCAUCAGAACAGCUUAGACUACUACGUGAGUGAAGUGCUAAAUGUGGGAGAGAAAAAGAGGGACCAAGAGCAAGCCGACGAUGAAAUAAACACGAACGACGGCAUAAAAAUUAAUGAAGAUAAAGAUUCACACCUAAUUUUAAAGGGAGAUACGCCUCACGAGCGAGUAGGCAUCCCAAAUGAAGAUGCACAUGAUGCAAAGGAAACAAAGGGGGAUAACGUAAAAGAGUAUAAUUUUUCAAAUGUGGGAAAAAAUAAACUCAAAAAAAUACCAAAUUUAAGAAGCAUAAAAUCUAAGGUAGACAAUAAGCAUGCGAUAAGUAUGCACAGGAAAAAAAACAACUGCAGGAAUGACAACGGAAAAAACAACGAUGGUGGUAGCUUCUUACCCCAGAAGGCAUUCUUUAACAAGUACAACUUGAGACACAAUUUAGAUUACGUGAAACACUUUUUUCAUUUUGCCCUCCUUAACGAUGAGGAGUUUAUGACUGACGUGAAAUCAUUUUUAAAAUUAACCAUGACGGAACGGAAAAAAAACAAAGGAGAAAAUUCUAGCAAAAAGAAUAGCACCUUUGCAAAUCUGCUUGAGAUAAUUCUGCAGAAAGUGCUACUCUCCCCAUUGUACGUGAAUGGAGUGGUGUUUUUCUUUAAAAAAAAUGAAUACAUAAAUUCGGAGUGUUUUUUCACCACAUUUUUGAGGCUCACCUCGGAUGAGAAUAAUCAUAUAAUUUAUUUAAACCCGGUGGAAGGGUAUGAGGAAUUCUUUAACCCGUCUAGCGGGACGGACAGGAGGAAAGACGCGGAAAGCGAAGGGGGAAAAAGAAGCGACGCAAAGGAGAGCCCAACAACGGACGCACAAAGACUUAAAUACUUUUAUGAAAAUAUGACAAAAAAAUACCAAGAAAAGAUUGAACGGAAAUUAAAAGAGAAAGAACAAAUCGAAAAAAUAAUGGAGACAUUAAACGGACACACCGAUUGGGGCAAAGCUGAACUGGUACCACGCACUGAGGAUGGUAGUGAUAAAAAGAAGGGGGACACUGAAGUAGAGGGGAAAAUGGCCAAUUUAGAAGGUCAAACAGAAGAAGUAGGAGAAUAUUCUUCAUCCGUUGAGCAAAAAGACGGAGAUGAAUUGCUAAGAUGCCCUAAAAAAGGUGAUCCAUGGGUAGACACAAAGGAGGGCGAUAUGUUAAGCGAAAAGGGGCCAGGCAUGAAAAAAGACGUACAGUGUAGGGACGCGAAUGUGUACAGCGCUGUGGAGAGGCUGUAUGAAAAAAUCGUAAUUUGCAAAGAAAAAAAAAUCCUGAAUGAGAAAAUAAUUGGCCAACUGAGCACGCACUGUAUUGAAAGAAAUGCACAAGUGGAUGAGCAAAUUAUAAAAUAUAAUAAAAAGGUGAGCAAAAUAAAUAGCUACAUGAAGAACAACGACUAUGUAGAAUAUGUGUCAUUUUACAAAGAGUUAAAAAUUGUAUUGCGCAACUUAUUGAGAGAUCAUUUAAAGAAGGGAACGGAUGACGAUUCGUCCAACUUGGCGUGCCACGAUGUAGAGGAUUCUCUCGCUUGUAACAAGCAAAUGGGAGAAGCAACUGAUAAUGAGACAGCACAAAUUGGGAAAGAAAAAAGAUGUAACAUGUUCGUAAGAAGAAUAAACAUCCAACUUAGUGAAAACUUUGUGGAAAAAAUAUAUCAGGAGGACGAGGAAUUGAAAAAGGUAAAUAGUGGAGUCAUCGACGGGGCAGAGAUAAUGGGAGAGCAAACUGAAGAGGAGGAGAUUGGAAAGGUCGCAGAAAGUUCCAUCAAAGAAGUAGGGACAAACAAAAUAAAUGACAAAUUUGAUUCGCAGCAUGUUCAGAAGGAAAGCGGUGGAGGCAAAAACAGAAAUGCCGUCAGAGAAAAAAUGCCAAAUGGAGAUACAGCGGAACGUUGCAACCAAGCUGAGGAAAGCGUAAAAACCGUUGUUAACAGGAAUGAAGAACUGGUCAGGUACUUAAAACAAAAAUUUGUUCAAGUCAACUUCUUUUACUUUUUUAUAAACGAAGAAUUGUGCUUUAGAAAGAGGAAUGUUCUGAAGGAAUUUUCCAAAAUGGUGCAGGAAAAAUAUAGAGACGUAAGAACAUCGGCCUACUUCUUUGACAUCCCAAACUCGAAGACGUACGACGCCUUCAAUAUGCAGAGCUUCAUUCAGAUCAAGAAGAAUUUGGAAAAAUGCGAGUCCAACUUUUAUGUUACCAAUGAGAAGGAGCAAGCUGCGGUGGUGGCCCCGAAAGACGUGCGCGAAGAAGACAAUGUGGAAAAAGAGGAAGAGCCAGGGGGUGAACUAGAAAAGGUAGAUAAACUACAUGAUAGGGAAAAGCAACAAGCACAAAUGGAGAACGAGUUACAGGGAGGCAAAUCCAAAAAGAAGAAAAAGGAUAGGAAAAAAGACAACACAAAAGAAAAAGAAGCAAAGAAAGACAAUGAAGAAAAGGAAAAGGACAAACUUGAGGACGCAGGAGAUGAGUACAAAAGUGAGAAGAAGGAGAAGAGCAGGAAAAAGAAGAAGAAGAAGCGAAGUGCAAAGGAAGGCGAGGGUGAAAAGGAGAAGAAGAUGGAGAUUGAUACGGAGGAAAAGGGGGAGACUCAACAAAAGGGGAAAGUACAGGAGGGGGACCUACUUGGUGAUUCCCCCCAAAAGACGGAAAAGGACCAUAAGGAAGGCGAAAAAGAACACAUCAAAAGCAAAGACCAAGUGGAGGAGAAGAAAAAGAAGGGAAGAAAAAAGGAAAAGGAAAAAAAAAAGGAUACCAAAGAGAAGCUAGACGAAAGCAAGUACAAAAAGGGCGGUGAAGUGCCGGAACAUAGAAACGACCUCGACAAUAAGGGAGAAAAGAGCGAGAAGAAAAGCGAAGAAGGAAAGGAACCCCCCAACAAAAACGCAACCAACGAUAGUGAUGCGAACAAGCUGUACCUUUACGGCGGAAAGGAACUUACGGAGGAGGCUUACUUUGAAGAAUUGGAAAAAAAAAAGUAUGAAAUAAAGGAUGAAUAUGACCACAUUUUCUAUAACAUUCGCAACGCACGUGCAGCAGGUGAAGCGGGAGAAAGUGAAAAAAAAAAAGACCAUUACGUGAUUGAGUUUUUAGAAGUAGACCAAUCCUACGAUAAGAGGGACGAAAUUCGAUACAGAAAUAUAACCCAUGUAAUGUUGCAAAAGAAUACAUCCACCGAAAUAAAUGUAAAAAUUAACACCUGCAAAAUAGUGAACAUAAAAAAAAGAAUAUGCUUAAUAGACCUCCUUGGGAACUACUUUUAUUUAAAUCUGCUUGUGGUGAUUGAUAAGCCUAGGAUUUACUCCAAUCCGUAUUUCAUAUUUAGCAACAGCGUUGUUAUGUGUGCCCCCCGAAGUAACUGCUUUGUUUUGUGCAAAAGGUUGUACAAUUUUGACCGGGUAUUGAUCGGAAGAAAUGUCCACUCAUUUAAUCAUAUCAUCCAGGGAGAGUUAAAAGAAGAGUGUGAAGAGCACCUCCUAAAUUAUUUAAAAAUAUUUACAGAUAUCAAUUCGCCCAAAUUUAAAGGAGCAAAAAUGAGAGGGAAAAACAUUACCCCCAUUUUGAGCAACUCAAGUAGCAACGAAAAGGAUAAGUAUAAAUCGAACAACUCAAAUAAGAUGAUGAAAAAUAAUGAAAUUUCUAAACAUUUGUAUAAGCACAUGCAAGUUUUAAAUUUAUUUAACACCUCUCCCUUCGAUUGCUUUGUCGAAGUUUCUUUUGACAAUGUGCCCUGUAGCAAUGACAAAAAUUACCAGGCGAAUGAACUUAACAGUGCCGAUAAUUUCAUAAGCCAUAACGAUUUUUACGUAUACCCGAAGAAAUUUUUCAUUCUCUCUAAGAAAUGGAAAAAAAUUAUCGUUUUGUUUUUACCUAAAAAGGUGGGUCCCUUUUUUGAAAAAUUGCACCUGUCUAUAUAUUCUGUAACAGGUGGGGCAGUAGAUAUGAAUUAUCAGAAGGGGUUGACGAAUGGGGACAAAAAAAAAGACAGCGGGCCACUCUGCGAUAGUCCUUUCUCUAACGACAUAGAGUUAGACUUAGCCAACAAGCAGAUUGACAAUUACUUGUAUGAUAUAUUCUCCUUAUGUUUAACGGGGGAAGGAAUAAAGUGCUGUCUGAAAAUGAGCGAAAGUUACUUAAACUUCCACAAAAUUCUCUUAAACUCAGUUCAGCAAAAAAACGUAGAAAUUAGGAACUGUAGCUACUGCGACCUUGCCUGGUUUGUAGACCCCGCCGACUUGAGGAGCGACUCCCCAAUAUGCAUAAAUCCUACAAAGGGAAAUUUACUAAAAAAUGAAAGAAAAACGCUAACAGUUUCCAUCAAAACGGAUAGCGCAAUGGCGAUAAAGAAAGAAAUAAAAAUCAACUAUGUGGAGAAGAAUUUCAGCAAAAGUGACAAAAUGAAGAACAACGUUUAUUUCACAUCCCUCACCGUGGAAGGAGAAGUUUGCAAGUCCUUCAUUCAGGUGAGUACCGAAAUUGUGAAGGAAGAUUCAGAGGAGAAAUUCGCCCCACUAGCAGAAGGUGCCACCAUUGGGGAAACCAUAUUAAAGCAUAACCGUGCUGCCAUGAAGGAGUCUCCCCAAAAGAGCAAGCAACUGUUGCCUGCCCACCUAGGGGACGUUCUAGAAGAAGAUAUUAACUUCAAAUAUGUAAAGGUAAAUCAAAUCAAAGCAUGUUUGAUCAAAGUGAAAAAUACAGGAAAGUUCAAAAUAUUCUACGUAGCAGAAAUAAAUGAGGACUCCUUUUUAAAUUACCUAUGUGUGGAAUGUCUAACUGACAGUAUAAAUUCAAACGAAAUGAAAAUAAUAAAACUGAAGGUAAGAUCAGGUAGGAAGGUCAAAUUGCAGAAUGUGCCUCUCCUGAUACACUUUUACGACAUGGAAAACAAUCACAUUCAAACGUACAAAUAUUCCAUUUCUGUCUCUUUCGAUUAUAACUAUGUUAAGGUUAUCCCCUCUAUUCUUAAUUAUGACUCUGUGGAGGUUAAAAAGGAAGAAACCCGAUUCUUUAAAAUUAUUAAUGAUGGACAUUUUGACUUUAAAUACGAGAUAAAAUUGUUGAAGAGUAAAAUAAAGAACGCAGAAAAGGAUGAGGUGUUACGGUAUAACAAUUUGGGAUGUGUGCAAUAUGAUGCAAAUGCUGAUUUUAAGAGCCCCUUUUCCAUUUCACCAAUUAGCGGUUUGGUGAAGUCCAAGGGGGAGGAAACCGUCACGGUUCAGUUUAAUUCUUCUGAAGAGAGGCAGUACAGAUUUGUCUACAUUGUGGAGGUGGAAAAUCUCAUGUCGGACACGCUACAUACUGAUAGUAAGAAGAAGGAUCAUAGGGUUAACAGACAACCCACUGAUAACCACAGAGAAGUCAUUAAAAUUUUUGCCUCUUCUGUGAAGCCCACCAUUUCCUGCGAUGUCAAAAACAUAUUCGAAGAAGUUCUACUAUUAAAAAAAACAGAAAACUAUGCCAACUUUUUAGAUAAUUUCCUAGGCAAAAACAGCUACUAUAAUUCAGAUGAUAAUACGCUAUACUACAGAUGGUGCCACGUGAAUGAGUGCAUUAAUGAGCGGAUAAAAAUCUGCAACACGUCCGAUGUAAAUGCGAAGGUUCAUAUAGAAAUUAAGGAACUCGAAUUUGCCAACUAUAGGAAUAAAAGCGGAAAGGGAAAAGAAAAGGAACGCGAAAAAAAGGGGGAUAAGGGAAAAGAGAACGAGAACGAACCAAAAAGAUCCAGCGUCAUUCCCCAACAAACACACCCCAUCCGUUUUAACAUGCGAGUUCAAAAUGACAAUGAAAUAAAGUCAAAAUGGUAUUUGACCGAAUUGAAUGAACAACGGGGUGGUGUCACCUACGGUGAUGCGUCCUCCUCUCUCAGCACCACCACAGAGGUUACGCGUUACCAGCACAAAUAUUUAGACAUAUGUUUUUAUUCAAACCAAAUAGGAAGUAAAAAAUUUCUCGUAAAUAUUCACCUGACCAAUCAGCAAAACGUGCUAUGUUUUUCCUUUUACAUAAGUGUAGAAUUUUUUUUGCCCUCCAUUAAUCUGAUUGUUCCACAAAGCUUGCUGAAUCAGCGCCGACAAGAUAAUAUCUACGAUUUGGGGGAUAUCCACCUGAACAGUGUCAUUUCGUUUAAAGUGCGGUUAAGAAAUUGCUUCAAGUAUCCCGUCUUUGUGAAGGUCUUCUUUGAAAGGGAUAAUUUGGCGCUAGAUUGCUGGCGGGGUAUGGAGGAACGGAAGGGACAACUAAAAGAAAGAGUCAACCUCGUGAAUGAACCAAAAGAAGCGCAACACAAAAAGGGGGAUGCAAAAAAUAGCAACGUUUCAGAGUCCACAUAUGAGAAAGGCAUUCCGCGUAACGAUACAAACCACCAUACAUGUGUGCAGGAAAAAAAAGAUAUUUAUAAUGCCACAAAUAGGAGCUCCUUUUUUACCACCAUUGAUAACUAUGUAGGAUUACGCACAAGAAACAACACCACCUAUUUUGACUACAAAAAUGUUAAGGAUUUACUGUACAAAACUAGGGAGAAGCAAAUGCACAUGUUCAGUUGGGGCUACCUCUACUACAUAGGCCAUAGCAACUACAUGAUAAGGGAAAACGAAGUGGAAAGUAUUAAAAUAAAAGUGGAUAAAAAUAAGUUGGAAGAAAUGAUAAAGAGAAGGAACACACAAAGGCGGAGCUUAAAAGGGAUGGAAGGAGAAGAGUGUAAUGCGGUGGAUUACAUUCCAAAUGAGCUCGAUGCGACUGAGCAGACAACUACCCCGAAUGAGGAGCUUAACAAAAAGGGAUUAGAAGAAGACAGUGAAAAGGGGAAAAAAAGUGUUAUUGAAAAGCUAAAGAGGCAAGAUCCGGAUAAAAGUAAGGAUCCAAAAAAUGUGCGUGGAAAUUUAACCAAAAAUUCGACUACUCUAAUCGCUGGCCAAGAGAAGCAACUUUUAGGAAGCAUACAAAUUAGCGUGCUCAAUAAUAACUACGAAUUUUACAAUUUAAAGUUCCUUGGAAAUAUAGUAGAAACGAACAACUACUGGAAUUUAGAACUCUUAAAAAAUAGCAUAAGAAAAGUGUAUAACGGUAAAAACGUGGACAUUUUUAAGAAUCACAUCAAUUUUGAUCUUUUACCUGUGGGGUAUAACCACUCAUUUAGGGUUCCCUACGUGAACGACAACAACCACGAUUUAUUCUUCCAAGUAGAGGUGGAAAAAAAGAUAAAAGGUGUCAUUGAUAUUAGGCCUUUAAUUGGUUCCAUACCAGCCAAUAGCUCCUUUCCGUUUUCUGUUCAAAUGGACAUAAGAGAAUCCAUCACUUUGGUGAAGAAGCAAAUCUCGUUUAAGUUUUCUGCAAACCCUUUUAACAAAAAGAAUCCCAAAGGGAAGGAUGAAGAUGGAGUGUAUAAUGAUUCCUUAUACGUAAGUUUAACCUCGGAAGAAAUAAAAUUUUCCUGUAGUAAGAAAAAAAUUAUUUUCAAAAAUGUUCCCUUCUUUAAUUAUUCCAAGAGCGAAUUGGUGCUGGAAAAUAUGUCCAAUGUAAAGGUAUUUGUCGAAUUGAACAUCGUGCCACUAAACGGGGUAGAUGACAUAACGUCUGUUUAUGCUUUUCGCCCGUUUAGCGAGAAAAGGGUUGCUUUGUUAGUGAACAGGAUGGAUAAAAAUCUCCUAACUGAUCAAGUUACUGGAGAGAAGACAGAACAAUUGGGGAACUCGUCGGCCAAUUGUAAGCAGGGGGGGAACAUUAAAAACGCUUCAGAAGUUAACGAAUUGGUAGGAGAAAUAAAAAAAAAUGAAGAUGGACACGUGGUUGGUAACCCUAAUGGGGUAAAUAUGGAAGAUGAGACGGGCGAAAAUAAACCCAUCGACGAGUUUUACAUGACCAAAUACGACUUGACCUUGUCUGAUUUGGGAGAUAAUUCGCGCAACGGGGAAGGAAGCGGCUUUAAUGAGACACACAUUGGAGAAAACGACGUGAUUGGAAAAUGCAGUGAAAUAAUUGGAAGUGGAAAUGUUGUAACGAGCAAAACACAGCAGCAAUGCAGGGUCGUCAAAAAAUACAUAACCAUCAAGGGAAAGCAGAAGAAGCGCCUGGAACUGUUUUGCUUUCACCACAUGUAUAGGAAAACUUUCGACGCCGUGCUUCACAUAAGGAUAAAAUUCUCCAACGAAAUUAGCGUACCGAUCAAAAUGACAUUCGAAAAUUACGAUCACAGCAAUGAAUUUGUGUUGGCGGAUUGGAAUCACAACGGUAUUGUAGACAACAUGGACGAGAAGAAAAAAGUCCCAAAAAAAUACAAAAUGGUUGUACUGAGCAGGGGAGUGUUAAAAAAGAUAAAUCAUAAAAUAUACAUGCUGAACAUUUCGAAUGAGAGCUUACAGUACUUUUUCGAGAAAAUCAGCGAAACGGGACAGAAUGGAGGAAGAAGCUGCAUCCUGCCAAAUAGCGGCAAGCAUAACGGGGAAAAUAACAAGAGCGAGAAUCACAACGACAACAAUUCCGAAUGUAUUAACUAUAAGGGGUGUGUAAAAGAAAAUAACUUUUCCCUAAUAAGAUUCCUGUUUAACAUUUUCAAUUCGAUGGACUACAAUGGACGCUACAACCUUUAUGUAAAUGAUAAGAAAGAGCAGUCCAUAGAUUUUGAGCUGAAGGUAAUUGAGCCCCUAACCUUUUUUAAUACGUCUUCUAUACAUGUGAACAAUUUAAUAUUAGGAAAAAGCUACUGCUUCGUUUUUUACCUAAUCAAUUUUGACCUAAUGGACAUCAAUUUUGAGUUUGACCAGAAUUCUUACAAUUCGUUUAACAGCAAAAAGGAGACCAUCAAGAUUGUUCCAUUUAGGGGUACUGUAAAAUCAUGCUAUAGGAAGAAUAAGUACCUGUAUAAGGAGAUAAGAAAAUUAAAUAAGGAUGAUUCAACAAGCGUAGAUGAUCCCAACAAAAAGGGAACCAUCACGGAUGGGAACUCCUCCUCUGGUGCGAUUUCCACGUUGAGCAAUUCUGACCAAAGUGAUUCUAAUGGAAGCGGUAUUCUGAGUGAUAUUCAUAACAAGGGUGCGUUAAUUGGAGAGAGAAAAAGUGUAAAAAAAAGGAUAAAGGUCAAUUACGUAAACCAUUAUGAGAAUACUAAGCUGCACAACGAUAGUGACAACUGGUCAUGCUCGUUGGCCAAUUCGUCGGACGGGUCGGCAUCUUCAUCAAAUAUCAGUUAUGGAAAAAAUAAAGUAGAACGAAGAGCGCAAAAUGAACGAACCAUGUUAUAUGGAAGGUACAAGAAGGAAUACAUCCUCCCGGCACAUUUCCCCCAAUGGGAGUACAUAAAUACGUCAUGCGAUUCGGGUAGUGAGUCAGACAGCGAAUGGAAUAGCCAAGCAUGCGUCAGCCUACCGGAGGGAAACAGCGGAAAGGAUGAAAAUUCCCACAGCAGUAAGUAUUUCCUGCUUAAUUAUUACCUGAGAAAUAUAUGGAAAAACGAUAGCAACAAAUUUAUAAGAGACGUUAAACAUGUGCGGGGAAAAGGAAGGUGUAAAAAAAUCAAGCUGUUCUUCAAACCACAUCUGGAGCAGUUCUACAAUUUUAACUUGCUAUGCAGAAUAGGGUCAAAGGAAGAACUGUUACAGGUUAAUUUCAAAACGCAGGUCAGUAAAAUUAAUAUAAAUUGCUACAUUGAAAAUUUUGACCAGGAAAAAGUGCAGCUAAAUUUGGAGGACAACACAUAUAGUGGAAAGCAAAAGAAAUAUAAGAGUCACCUGAUCCAUAUUUACGGUCAUAUAGAUUUUAAAGAAACUUUAAUAGGAAGAAAAAAGUUGUCCAAAUUUGUUAUUGAAAAUUUAGGUAAUUUCGAUCUGGUUUAUAAAUACUACCUACAAAAGAAGGAUGAGGAAAUUGAUAUAACCUGCAGUGGGGAUUGCAUUCCCCAGAAUUCCACCUAUUCCAUUUCUGUUGAAUACAACCCCUUGAAGAACCAAACAUAUGUCAACUACUUGACCAUUAAUAUUAUGGACUACUAUCUUAUUAAUUUAAAAAUCACUGCAGUUGCUAUUGACUUUUUAAUUAAUUUUUCUUUUUACAAUUAUGACUUUGGCAACGUUAUUUUGUUCCCCGUAUUGGAUGACAGUGGUAAGAUGAAGGGCAUAACGAACAUAGAUCAGUGCUAUGAAGAGAGUUUUUCCUCCAGUGAUAGCUCACUGUCGUCUUUGAUUCAUACCUUCAAAAAUAAUGAAAGGGAUAAGAGGGUGAAGGAGCGCGAGGAGGAGAAGGCUAAGGCGCUCGCUGGUGAAGACGCGCAGAAUGAAACUGGGAAGCAUAAAAAGGGCAAGAAGAAAAGACACAAAAGGGACAAGCAGGACAAGAAGAAGGAGAGUAAAACGAGGAAGGAUAAUACGCAGAAUGAAGUGGACGAAGAGGGGGAUGCCACUGAACAAGCUGAAAAAGAAAAGGGGGAAGACAAAUCGAAAGAAGACCAUAAACAGGAGAAGCGAAACAAGGAGAAACACACACCAGGUAAGGAGAAACACAAAGACGAUAAAACAGAACAGGAAAAAGACCAAAGCAAAACAAACGAUACUAAUUUGAGCCAAAGUGCAAAAAGUGGAAAAAGCGGAAAGCACAAAGUAGCGAAUAUUGUGGGAGCCAAAAUUAAAGAGGCGAAGAUGCAAGAAGAUCAUGCAGACAACGAAAUGGACGUCCUAUCAGAAAAGGAAAGCAACAAUGUGGUAGAAGCGAAACUGAUCAUUAGCAACAAUAAUGAUGUAGAUUGCUACAUAGAAUAUGAACUGAAUGAGGAAUGCCUUACCAUAAGGAAUUAUCGAAAAAAGGUACACCUGAAAAGAAAAAGCAAGAUCUGUCUUUUUAUCCAAUUUAAACCAAAUGAAGAGAAGAAUUAUAACUACAAAAUACCUUUUAUGAUAAACGGAGAUGUGGGCAAAAUGGUUUACAUACACCUAACAGGAUCAGCCACGCAUUUCAAACUCCCCUUUUCAAGUAAUAAUUCGAACGAAAUAAAUUUCGAGAAUGUACAUGUGGAUAAAGAAAGCAUUUCAAAAUUUACACUUCACAAUAAAAAUUCAGAAGAUAUAUAUUUUAACGUCUUAAAUUAUGGCUACUUAGAAAAGCACUACCUUUCCUUUGUAAAGUUUGAUAAUUCUGUUUUGCACAUUUUAAAGAAGAAGGAAAAAAAGACAUUCGAGGUGAAGUUCCUCCCGGAGAAGUAUCUUAACGUGGAAAUUCCCCUAUACCUUAGUGUAAGCUACCGGGGGAAAAAAAUUGCCUAUUACUUGACCAGCAUUAAAUUGAGAAGCAUAUGCUACAAAAUUGUUCUGAAGGAGAAUUUGCUCACUUUCAAUAAGGCGGGGCAGCAGGACGGGCAAGCGCUGUGCUCCACAGACACAAGUGGAAUUAGCCAAUUUGAGGAAGUUAAGGAAAAGCUGUUUAAGGGCACGCAUGGGAAAGACUCCAUAAAAGGAAGGAAAAUCCAGCUGCACAACAGGGGUGACAUGAACGCCCAGUUUCAAAUUGUGUACCCACAAAAGUACGAAAAAUUCUUGCAGGUAUAUCCAAAAAAGGGGAUUAUCUUUUCCUUCAACAUAACAAGCAUUUACAUCUUCGUGGACACCGAUUUUGUGACGAAGGAUUUGUUCCUGAACGAUGUGUCCGUCGAUUUGCUCCCCAAAUUUAAUAAAAUCAAUGGCAAAAUUUUUUUAAACAUAUUUAUUAAUACGCGUAAUGACAUGAACAAGUGUAGGAGUGGGUAUGUGAAUAAUUCCAAGUUGAUCACUGCGGGGGAAAAUGUACAGAGUGGGCAGACCGCCAGUGUUGAGGAGGCUGAAAAUGAAGGGGGAAAAGAUCAGGGUGCAGACAACUCUGAAAAGGGCGAAAACACCCAUUGUGACGACAAAAACGUGAAUGCAAUUUGCCUAAAAAAUGAAACCGUUGUCACAUUCCUGACGGACAUCAGAAAACCGAUAAGCAAGACCAUCGAAAUAUGCAACGAAACGGAAUCUAACUUUAAAAUGAAAUAUAAGUUCCUGUCCAAUGAAGGCAAUUUUUUCUCGCUGGAAAAACAUGAAGACGUUGUGAAACCGAACGAAAGCGGCACAUUUCAAAUUGUUUACAAUCCUCUUUUUGUGCAGAAAAGGAGGAAAAACAGUAAUAACUAUCACAACACUUUGUGCUUAAAAUAUUUGAAAUAUUUUCCCAAAAUUCAUCAUAUAUCUAAGCUGGUAAUUUAUUACCCGAACGAGGUGGUGAAAAAUUAUACCUUAUUAGGCUAUGCAAAUAGUAGCAAUUACGAAAAGAAGAAAUGUUUCAAUUUCAAAUCGAAGGUUUUGAACAGUGCUUCCAUCAGAAUAAGGAAUUGGCUAAAUGAAAACCAGACGCUGUUCCUUUCGUCUCUUGUUUGUGACAAAGACUUGAAUAUUUCGCAUAGCGACUGCUUCUUUUUUUACAUACAAAACAAGGUCGAGCUAACCAAUAAGGAGGAAAAAAACGUGCCAUUUAAAGUCAUAUCAUUGAAGGAUGGAAUGUACCAUGUGAUACUGACCUUUUCGAAUGAAAAAUAUGAAGACGCGUAUAAGAUCCUCCUCCAGUUUGAAAUAACCAAAAGCGAAUUUCUGUCCAUAAAAAAUGUAAAGGGAAAUAAAAAAGAAAUAAUAAAAGAGCAAGUGAGCAUUUAUAACCCCCUGGAUGAGGAUAUAAAAAUGGAUGCACUUGUUGACUACACUUACGCAUUUUUGGACAAGUCUAUAAUUCUCCAGAGGAAAAAAAAAAAUACUAUUAACAUAUACUUCUGCAUCGUUAAAAACGAGAUCGACAGAGAUGUCACCAUUUCGUUUGCUAACAAAACAACAGGAACGUACAAAUUUAAAUUUAUUCUCAACGUAAGUAUGAACAACUUCGAAGAAAACUUUUACUUCAAUACUGAUUUGGGAUCUAUUCAAAUAAAUGAAAUAUCCUUUACAAAUGUGUGUAACCAGAAAAUUAAUUACGACGUGGUUAUAGAAGAUUAUGACGAGGAGAACAAAAACUCCAAGCAAAUAUUCCAGUGUGUCGACAAAUCCAUCAGUGCUAAAUCUGUGGAUACAAAUUUUUUCUUAAAGAACGAGACCCUCAAUAACUUGACGGAGAAGAUUAACCUUACCGUGAAGUAUAACCCCCCCGACGUGCAGACGAAUAAGGCCAUUUUGAAGCUCCUCUCAAAGGAGGGCAUCAUUUACAAGGGGCUACUAAUCGGGAAAAGUGUGGCGCCGAAACCGAAGGGACCGAUAUUCUGCUCAUCGCAAAAAACCACACUCAUUUCUUUUACGAAUCCGUUCUUUCACAUGAAGCAGUUUUUUUUAAAAGCGGACGAAUUCUUUUCUGUCCCAUUUGAAGUCACCAAAGUAGAAGCGCGCCAAACAAUUCAUAUACCACUUAAAUGCAAAGCGACAAGUGCCAUCUCUGGCAAGCUUAUAAUCAAGUCGGAGGAUGGCAUCACGUGGAUGUAUUAUUUGACAGGACAGUAA